GCCCUAUCCAUGAGGCUGCUCCAGUCGCCCAGAGUGGCGGAGAUGGCAGAACCAUUGAGGUCGAAGGGCUUGGACCGAUGACGGCCGAGAAGAUCCGUGGUUUAUCCCAAAACCAAAUCCCUAUUGAGAAGCGCCGAGCCCUUUACAACUCUAUGGGCCGCAGGGUGACGGCAGCGGUGGGCCUCAAGCCUGGCUUGGUUGAAAAGUACAAUGCUGUAGCUUCAUGCCGAAAGGAGCGCUGGAACAUGCUCAAAGAGUUCAUCAUCGACCAAGACAUGUCAGGGGUAGAAGUGGAAACCUACUUUGUUCGGGAGAGCGAGAAGAAGAGGGAGGAUAGGUAUGAAAAGCUACCGUUGUUCAUGAUCGAAAAGGAAUAUGGUGGGACGGAAGCUGGCAGGGACUACAUUGAGAAGAUCAAAGCAAGCCAAGCUGGUGAAUCAAAUCCGCAGUUUCCGGAUGACGACCGCUUCAAGAUCUACAAGGUCUUCAAGAAGCAUGUGAUCUCCAGUGCAGAUAUCACCCGGGGCGGCACCAAGACCAGCGCCAGUGGACUUGUGACCUCAAAGGCAGGUAAGAAGGCCAUUAGUGAUAACAUCGAUGCCCACAUUGCGGAAUUGGAGUCUGACAUCAAGAAGGAGGGCAGGUCCAAACCUACUGGUCCCAAGAAUGGGAAUCACAAAGACAAGAAGAAAGAUGAGAACAAGGAACUUCAGAAAGACAUAAAAGCGUUCCUCAUUCCCAAUCUAUAG